UGCACAAGGAGGUACACCUCUAUUACACCACUUCGUUCGUGAGCGUGCGCGCGUACCAAACGUGUCUCGAAAACUAGUUCGUACCUCGCGUUCUCACUACCAGUUGCCCACCAGCGAGGGAAAUAUCGGAUCAUUUUAUAGAUUCUCGCGGACACCGUGUCCGUAUCUGCACAACUCGAUAUCGCUGCGAUGGUAUCCUCGCACGCGAUUUGAUUCGUCUAUUGUCUUGCGGCCAUUGGACAAUCCGAAAGUUGUUCCACACAUUGAUUGUAGUGGCGUCGGAGUGCAUCACAUUCGCGAUAUCCCACGGGGCCCGGGUCGGUAAAGUUCCGUCGUUAACAGUGGUUUAAAACAAUCGCAUUGAUAUACACCUGCUGGUGGCCCGGCGCGCAACGUCCGGCAACGUCGCGCACGUAUCGUCGGGAGCAUGACAAAUGCGUGCGUUAGUGUGUUGCACUGUUAGUUGUUACAGCGUUGCCGUAAUUCGCUCCGGAACGGCCGCCACCGUUCGCCGUUGGAUUCUAAUCAAUGAUGCGCGUUUUGCUUUCUCUCUCCCCCUAGACAACAACAACAACAACAAUAAAUGAACAUAACAUAAAACGUAAGGGAACCAUCGAUAACUCGCAGUGGUGUUUCAUAAUAAUACCAGUGUUUUUAGCGCGUGUGCGUUCUUGCUGAUUUCCGUUUCCGUGCCAUGGAGGUGGACGAGUUCGAUUCGGGCCGUUCGUCGUCUACCAUUUCGUCGAUAAAUAGCCUGUUUUCAUUCACCAGUCCUGCCGUCAAGAAACUAUUGGGCUGGAAGCAGGGUGACGAGGAAGAGAAAUGGGCUGAAAAAGCGGUCGACGCGCUUGUCAAGAAAUUGAAAAAAACAAAAGGUGCCAUAGAAGAAUUAGAAAAAGCACUCAGCUGUCCUGGGCAGCCGAGCAAAUGUGUCACUAUACCUAGGAGUCUUGAUGGACGGCUGCAGGUGUCUCAUCGUAAAAGUUUACCACAUGUUAUAUAUUGCCGUGUAUGGCGGUGGCCAGAUCUCCAAACUCAUCAUGAACUUAAACCACUUGAACAUUGUCAAUAUCCAUUUUCUACUCAAAAUAAACAAAAAGAUGUUUGUAUAAAUCCUUAUCAUUAUAAACGUGUUGAAAGUCCUGUCUUACCUCCAGUACUGGUACCAAGACAAAGUCAGCUACCCCCUAUGAUGUUUCGUCAAAUGCCAGAAAACCUUCAAUAUAACAAUUAUAACCAAGGUCCUAAUUCUCCAUCAUCAAGUCCUCCACCAAAUAGUCCCUUCCAAAGUAGUACACUAUCAGAAUUAGGAAGUUCACCUGGACCUGAUGAAAAAGUGAUAAGUCCUGCAUCUGGAACACAAGUCAUGUAUCAGGAGCAAGCAAGUUGGGCAAGUAUAGCAUACUAUGAAUUAAAUAGCAGAGUUGGAGAAUUAUUUCACUGCCAAUCUCCUGUUGUGGUUGUAGAUGGUUUUACAAAUCCAAGCAAUAAUUUAAAUAGAUUUUGUCUUGGACAACUUUCCAAUGUUAAUCGAAAUCAAACAAUAGAAAAUACUAGAAGACAUAUUGGAAGAGGGAUACAAUUACAUUAUAUCGGUGGUGAAGUAUAUGCAGAAUGUCUAUCUGAUUCUGCUGUAUUUGUACAAUCACGUAAUUGCAACCAUCAUCAUAAUUUUCAUCCAUUAACCGUGUGUAAAAUACCUGCUGGAUGUUCUUUACGUAUUUUCAACAACCAACAAUUUGCAACUUUACUCACAGAGUCUGUAAAUUCUGGUUAUGAAGCAGUAUUUGAGCUUACUAAAAUGUGCACAAUAAGGAUGUCAUUUGUAAAAGGGUGGGGUGCCGAGUAUCAUCGGCAAGAUGUUACCAGUACACCAUGUUGGAUUGAAAUCCAUUUAAACGGACCAUUGCAAUGGUUAGACAAAGUUUUAUGUGCCAUGGGAUCCCCUCAUAAUGCUAUAUCAUCAGUUUCAUAGGCCAAGAUGUUUUUCAGUUUUUAAUUAUAUUUUUAGUAUAUAAAGGAAUUGUUUUUUUUUUUUUUUACUAAAUCGUCAACAUGACAGAUUUAUAAGUUGUACACAUUUAUAGGAAAAUAAUUUUAUUACAAAAUUCAGGUAAUUUAUAUAUUAAAUUAA